AUGAACGAAACAUCUUUCAUUGAGUUGCUCCCACUGAAACAUCUCAUCGUCGUCGCUUGCUUCUUUGAAUUCAAGAGACACAAGGAGAAAAUUAUGACAUCUAUACCAGGCACUGAUUUUGAUUACCUGUUUGCUUUGCUUGUUGUUGAAGUGUCGCUUAGUCUAGUUACUGGCCAAAAUCUAAUAUGGAGUGAUGAAGAAACCCGGUUGUACCUUGAACUUCGACUUGAAGAGAAUCUAAAAGGCAAUAUAAGAAAACACAUAGUGAAUGAAGUAGGGAGACAAACGAUUAUAUCCAAGUUCUAUGAUACAUUUGGAGAGAAGCAUACUUGGAUAAAAUUUAGGAACAAGUUUAAUACUUGUAAGAAGCAAUACUCAGGUUUUAAGAAAUUAACUCAUAGAACUGGAAUGAGCUAUCAUCCCAAUGGGUCCAUAGACAUGAGUGAUGAUUGGUGGGAUGAGCGUUAUAAGGAGUGGCCUGGAGCUAGAAAGAUAAAGGAUAAACCAAUGCCAAACGCUGAUUUAAUGGAACAAAUGUUAGGGUCAAUUCAUAUAACUGGAGCCGAGGGUUGGAGUGCUCAACAGGGUGAAAGCCAUUUAGACAACAACAUGAUGUUAGAUGAAGAUGAGGCUGCAUCUGAAUCUACGUGA